AUGUCUGAUGUCUCAGACGCUGAGUAUAAUGAGUUUCUAGAAGAUAAUCAUGUGCCUUCGGAUGAGGAGGACAAUGAGAUGUCAGUCGACGAAGAAGACGAGGUCUCGGAAGAUGAAGAUGAUGAGGCCUCAGACGAUGAAGAGGAUGAGAACUCGGAAGAUGGAGACUCAGAAGAUGAAGACGAUAGGCUUCCACAAGAGAAAUGCGGGCUUUCGAAGGACCAAUACGCUGCGCUUCUAAGAGAUGAGCACGACGGGCUUCUAGAAGAGUCCGGUGAGCUCCAAGGCGAGGAAGAUGGUGCAAUUCUAGACGGAGAAGCCGCUGAAGCUGCUUGGCCUACUUGUUGCGCAUACCUCAAUGACGCGACGACAGAACUGAGAGGCUCUCAGAAGAUUUGGACUGCUCUUCAUUCAUCAGCCUACCACAGUCCAACAGGACAUGCCACAAAAGCGGAUAUCGACGCUUUCCAUGAAGCUAAGUGCGAUCGGAUACGAUACGCCUAUCGUCGUUCAAUCCUCCAGCACAUGCAAGAUUUCUGGCCUCGAGAGCUUCGCGAUAUGGUGUAUGAAUACCUCUUCGAAGACGUGUAUGAGAAUCUAGCGGCGCGGAAAUAUAAGGUCGGUAAUCUUGCUCCCUUCCGCCGAGACCUUGGGGUAAAUUUCAGACUUUUCGCUGCGGAUACUCAAAUCAAACAAGAGCUAGCUAAAGCAUGGUACGAAGCGACGAGGUUCUCUACCGAAGAUGCCAGCACCAUCGAUUCUUGCCUCUCUCAGCUCGAAUGGAGUGCUGCUCUAGUGGGUAAGCCACUUGACUUGGUCCUAAACGUCGAAAUCUACAUACCUGUUCUAUACGCCCGAGACACUGCCGAAGAGAUCCUCGACUUGCAAAGGCUUGGGUCCCUAUUCCAGCUCAAAGAACGUUCGACCAUUACGAUCACUCUGGAAGGACACAACAACGAAUCCAGAUCCUUAGACGUGAUUCGCACCGACGCGGAAGAUUACGCGCAGAAAGUAGAGUGGUUGUUUUGGCCAUUGGCAUGCCUGAGACGUGCGGGAUAUAAGGUCAUAGUAGCACCAAUGUGGAACCGGACAGUCGUGUUUGGACCAGAGGACCUCACCUUGGAAAGAGUGACAACGAUAAUCCAAGCGGCUUUUCUUGAGUGGGAUCCUUGA